CAUGCAAUGCAGUCUACCUAACUGUACUGUAGGUCGACUCGAAACACAGCGACACAUCGGUGCUGCUGGGUUUGUUUAUGGCUGCCGUCUUGCUGCGGACGUUUGGUAAUUUGACACAUCGAAGAUAACGUUUCUCAUUAUCGGGGGUGCAGGAAGGUAAUCAAAAUCGCUUUUUUAGUUGGAGACGUAACUAAUAGCGCGUGAUACGUCUGGGCAUGCGGCUAACUUUUAAGCGUUCAAGGCGUAGAGGGAAUUUGAACUUCAUCGACCGCGAGUGAAAAUACUCAGCGGCCGUCAAACCAGCGGCCUGAGAAUUUGGAUUUUUUUGGUUUGUCUUCGUUUUUUAAAAUUCUUGUGCUAAUGUUUUGGGCCAAAUAGCUUUACGUGAAACUACUACUUUUUUCGUCUCGGCUCGCGACGGUGGAGCAAUGUGCAGGACCAAUCCACCAAGUCAGCUAUGCUAACAAGCUAGUUGCGUGUUAGCUGCCAGGGUACAGUACGGUAGUUUGUACAUUCAUACCUCUCGACAACUUUAUCGCGGGAACUAAAUUGGAUAUGCAGAGAAUGUGUCAAUAUUUUAUAAUAUUUUAAACAAGAUCACGCUGUCAGAAAGUCUACCACUAUUUGUUUUGCAAUCGGGCGACUUGUUGGUUGGUUGUUGUUUUAAAAGGGCUAUGUUGAGUUCUAGUUUGGCUAAUUUGAUUUCCUUGUCGAAGAGCUUUCCCAGAAAACAACUAGCCGUACAUAAAAUGCAACGUCCUCAAGCAGCCUAACACCGACACACAAUGUCGAAUCACGCUGAGUAACGUCGCAGUUUUUUGUCAAGGAGGCGAGCGUCAAGUUGCGCAGGUUGCUCCACAUUUUUGCGCGGAUGCGAAAGCUCGAGGGGGGGCAAAACACACCGAGGAGACCUUGUUUUUGUGACUGACGAGGAGGGCUACUGCCGUUCGUCCUCGGGCUCAUCAAAAUGUCGGCCAUCUCUGCAUCCGAGAAAGUGGACGGAUUUACGAGAAAGUCUGUGAGGAAGGCCCAGAAACAGCGGAAAUCACCCAGCUCAUCUCAAUACAGGACGCAGAUCGCCCCUGUGGAGCUUUCGUCGCUGCCUCAGCUCAAGGAUGCUCCCUCCACUGAGCAGCAAGAACUUUUCACCCAGAAACUCCAGCAGUGCUGCAUGCUCUUUGACUUCCUCGAUUCUGUGACUGAUCUGAAGAGCAAGGAGAUCAAAAGGGCCACACUAAAUGAGCUGGUUGACUAUGUGUCCACUAACAGAGGAGUGCUGGUCGAAUCUGCAUACCCUGAGAUCACCACUAUGAUUAGCACAAACAUAUUCCGUACACUUGCACCAAGUGACAACCCAGAUUUUGACCCAGAGGAGGAUGAACCCACUCUGGAAGCUUCAUGGCCUCAUAUCCAACUUGUCUACGAGUUUCUACUGCGUUUUCUUGAGAAUCCGGACUUCCAGCCCAGUAUUGCGAAACGCUACAUUGAUCAGAAGUUUGUACUCCAGCUUCUAGAACUGUUUGACAGUGAAGAUCCAAGGGAAAGAGACUUCCUCAAGACCAUCCUGCAUCGGAUUUAUGGAAAGUUCCUCGGGUUACGAGCCUUCAUCAGAAAGCAGAUUAACAACAUAUUUUUGCGGUUCAUCUAUGAGACUGAGCAUUUCAACGGAGUUGCUGAGCUCCUGGAAAUUUUGGGAAGUAUCAUCAACGGCUUUGCGCUGCCUUUAAAGGCAGAACACAAACAGUUCCUGAUGAAGGUGCUAAUCCCAUUACACACAGCAAAGGGACUGGCUCUGUUUCAUGCUCAGCUGGCGUACUGUGUGGUCCAGUUUCUAGAAAAGGAUCCAACACUAACUGAACCGGUAAUCCGAGGCUUGCUGAAAUUUUGGCCCAAGACCUGCAGCCAGAAAGAGGUGAUGUUCCUGGGUGAAAUUGAGGAGAUUUUGGAUGUUAUUGAACCUACGCAGUUCAAGAAAAUCCAGGAGCCAUUGUUUAAGCAGAUCUCCAAAUGUGUGGCCAAUCCUCACUUUCAGGUAGCAGAGCGAGCACUGUACUUCUGGAAUAAUGAGUACAUUCUCAGCCUCAUUGAAGAGAACAUCGACAAGGUCCUCCCCAUCAUGUUCUGUAGCCUCUAUAGAAUCUCCAAAGAGCACUGGAAUCCGACCAUCGUAGCUCUGGUCUACAAUGUGCUGAAGACUCUUAUGGAGAUGAACUGUACACUCUUUGACGAGUUGACCUCCUCCUAUAAAUCAGAUCGGCAAAGGGAAAAGAAGAAGGAGCAGGAACGCGAUGAGCUGUGGAAGAGGUUGGAUGAGCUGAAGUUCAGCAACAGCACACUAGAACAGAACAACAGCCACAAGCUCAUAAGUGUCCAAAACAACAACAAGAAUAGCAAUAAUAAUAAUAACUAAGAUACUGCAGACUCGGGUCACGGCAGCCAGUGAGAACAAACCAUGUGCCAAAUAACACUUGGCUUGGAUUGGUGUCGUCUCUCCAACUGUCGAGGAAGGAUAAACAAAGACGGGCAAAAGACAAACAACACCUCAGCGUUUUAUUAAACUCUGUUCGAGAGACUUUAAAGGCCUCACAGAAGAUUUGAUGUUACCGGCAGUAUAUUGUUGACUUGUCUGCUCUAGUCGUAUGUAUUUGGUGUAAAUGUUUCUUGGUUGGGGAGGAAAAGAAAAAAUUGUGACUUGAAUUCAGCAAUUCAGAUUGUUUCUGUGACCAGCUGAAUCGCUCAACAAAGAUGUCUAUUUUGUACUGUCUUCGCUGCCAACACUUGUGUGCUGACCUUAGUGGUAAAGAGAAGGGUAUUGUGGGAGUAUAGAGGCAGACGGGACCGCACCCACUCUGAGACAUGCUGAAAUGUACACUAAAGAGCCUCUAUUAGUGAUAUAUGGACUACACACGAUCAACAUACCAAUUAAAUAUGUCUGUGACUUGGUUUAGUGGGGGUGUUUCGAGUUACCAGUAAAUAUUGCUCUUCACUGUUAGUUUUACAUUUCAGGUAAAUGUUUUUUUUUUUUUUUUUUUUUUUAUCUGGGAGAAAACGUGAGCAGAACAGCAGCUUUUGAGUAUUAACACUGAAGUAUUGACACGGGGCUUUCAAUUUACACGUUUUAGCCUGAGUUGAGAAUUUAAGUGAUAGUUGCUUGAUUGUGCUAGGAAAUACCGUCAUGCUGCUGUCAUAUAUUUCAGUUAGUUAAAAUAUUUUUCAAAUGGCUGUUUUCUUAGUGUAAAGCCUGGAAACUAAUAGAAAAUCCACAAUGCAUUUGUUUCGUUUGAAAUCUGUCUGCGCCCUUGUAGAUGUUUGUCACAGAAUUGAUGUUUCCAGUCUUUAUGCAAAGAUGUUCAGCGUAUAAAUAUGGGAUGUAUUUCUGUCAUUUCUGAAGAUAGGCGGGGAAGCAAAAUAUUUUUUGUUUUAAUUUUGAAUGAGGUCUGUAAAAAUAAUAGAAGCAAAUAUAAGACAUACAGUACUAUAUUUUUCCAAAAUGUUCGUUUUGCUUGUUUUACAAAUGGACUAAGCUCGGUUGCCAGGCAGGCUUGAUUGUACAAUGUUUGUCAAAUGGUUAUAUUUGUAUUAGGGAUGCACCAGUGCAAGUACAAGGACAUACAUGUACACUCGAAUGCUCCUAUUGCCUCUUGCAAUUGAAAUGAACAUGCUAAUGAUUGAAACAAAUAUUUUGGUAAGCGUCACUGUGUAGGUUUCAGUGCAUUAAACUGUCAUGGCUUAUUUUUUUAAGAAGGGCCGAGACAUAGCAAGCAACUUUGUUGAAGGUGCCCGGCUAGCUCGGCCGGACCCGAGCAGCGUGGCAUGAAAGUCGGGCUCCAGGUAUUCUGCACUUGCCGAAUUUAAAAAAAAAAAUUUUUUUAAGGCAUUCAUGCAUCCACACAUUACUGAAAUUGGUCUUGCUUCACCUGCCUUGAAGGUUUUUCAGGUUGGUUAAGUCAUAUGGGUGUUUUAGUAUCUGAACAUUUUUACUUGUUCAAUAACACUGUCUUGGUGCAUCCCUAAUUUGUAUGAUAGAGGUGAAUUAAAGGAAAAUGCCACUCCGUUGAAAGGGGACCUAUGAAUUAUGACAUUGUUGAUUCUGUUCUAAAUGUAGUUUCAAAGUAUUGAUGUAAAUGUACAGUAAAAUAACAUACCGGGCCUACCUGUAAAAUACAGUAAGUUUCUACUGUCACGUCCAGAUGAGCUAUAAAAUUAAGCUGUAAGAUUCAAUAGUGCCACACUGGUGGAAUUGUUAAAUCUUUACUGUAGUGCUGUCAUUGUGCAGGAACAAGAACUGAUCCCCCCCCAACCCCCAGAUAUCCUCUCAUUGAGAUGUUAUGAAGUAGUGAAACAAGAAAAUAAACACUUCGUUGUUUUGAGAAGUAAACUUUACUACCUGUUUUUGCUCAUGCCAGUCUCCUUAUUUAGUUUUAUUUUUGGAUGUUAUGUAAUAAUAGUCUGCUCAUUAUGGGUACACCUAUAACAUAGGAACCACACCCAGAUUUUUUUUUUCUUUUGUCUUCAUCUGUUCUUUUAAACCUCACAUAUUUUAGUUCUGGUUUCUCUGAUGCCUUUCUGUCACUACUGCAUUCCAACGUCAGUUAUGUUUUCCUUUCAGGGUGGAAACUGAUAGAACCUUAUUUGUAAUCGCACUAUCUCAUAUUUUUCCCUGGUUUCAUUUAAUAAAGUCCACUCUAUCUUUCUAA